AUGUUUCCUAAUUUAAAAUUUUUAAAUUAUAAUCCGUAUGAUAGUUAUUAUCAAAUCAUAUCAUUCGCGAAAUUGCCUCUAUCGGUUUGCUCAUCAACUUUAUUCGAAUUACAUAUUAACGUUAGAAAUGCUGAAGAUUGUCUUCAUUUACUUGAUGGCCGUUUCAAUCAACUCCAUGUAUUCAAUGUUAAAAUACAAUCAGCACUUUCUUCAAUUCCAACAAUAUCUGAAGAAAAACUAUUAAGUCUAAGAUAUUUUUCAUUGACCUGUGUUUCGAAAAUGUAUUUCUAUGAUACAAUAGUUAUACCGCUUUUACAUCGAAUGUCAAAUUUAGAAGAACUUCGUUUGUAUUUUAAUUGUUCUCGAGAAGAAUCAUUUGUUGAUGGGAAUGAUUUGAAAACAAAUAUUCUAAUUCAUUUGCCACGGUUAACGACAUUUAAAUUUAAUAUUUGCUCAUUCAUUAAUCAUUAUAAUCAAAGUGAUUUAUUAUCAAAUGAAGAUAUCCGAAAUACAUUCAGAGACUUUUCAAAUAAUGAAAUUAUUUCUUGUGUUGAUUAUUUUCCAGAUGAAAACAAAGGUCAAUGUCAUAUUUAUUCAUAUCCUUUUACAUUGAUUAGUUAUGAACGUAUUACAAAUAAUUUUCCAGGUGGAUUAUUCCCAUAUGUUCGUAAAGUAUCAUUAUUUGAUGAACAACCUUUUCAACAUGAAUUUUUUAUUCGAAUUCAAAAAUCAUUUCCAUUCAUAAAAAAACUAACUGUAACUAAUUGGAAAGCACAAAAUCAUAAACAACAUGAGAAAUCAAAAGAUGACAAUAGAGAUUUAUCAUUAAUUCAUUAUCAACAUCUUACUUCUCUUUUUCUUACUGAAGUUCAUGAUGAUUAUAUUGAAGAAUUUCUACUUGAUACCAAAACAGCUUUACCAUUUAAUCUUACCCUUUAUGUUGAUUAUUAUUCUAUACGAAGAGUAACACAUCAUUUUAAAAGAAUUGAAACAAGAAUUAAUUGUUCAAAAAUCAAUUGUGUAUAUUUGGAUAAUGUUCAUCACUUUUCAAAAGAUUUCAGAAACUAUUUUCUUAGUACUGAAUAUAUGUGA